AUGGCGAACUUGAACUUGGAGUUGAUCCAGCAGUACCUGGUGCGAAUCCCCCUCGUGCUGGGUACCGCCAUCCGAAGACUGCUCCAGCUAUCGCCCGUCCAGGACAGAGUGAGCAUGAGCAUGGAGCUGCUGGUCGCCUUUGUGCGCUCGUUCCUCACCUUCGAGGACUCUGUCUCGAAGAUGGCUGAAGUCAGGUUGACGGACUCUACAAUCAAGGGCUACAUGUGGAUAUCGAACGUCACCAUGCCAAAGCCGGCAGAGGACGAUGUGCUGGAGGCGCUGGUCAAGGCGAUAGGAUAUCGUAACGAAGGGACCGAGACGUUCGACGUGCCCGAUGUGCAAGCUGUGGAAGCAGAGUGGACGGGCUACAGGAAGGGCGCAAAGGAAGAUACGCCGAUUCCAGACAUAUCGGAGGAGGCCAAGUUUUCGCGCUUGAUGGAGGACGUGGACGAGGAUAUGACAAUUUUCUACGUCCACGGCGGUGCAUACCAUAUGAUGGACCCGGCCACUCAUCGCUCUACGACGGCUGCUCUGGCGCAACUCAGCCGUUCUCGCUGUCUAUCCCUACGAUACAGACUGUGCCCCCAACAUCCCUUCCCAGCCGGCCUUCUCGAUGCACUGGUUGCAUAUCUAUCGCUUCUGUCUCCAGCUGAGGGUUCCCUCCAUGAGCCCGUUCCAGCUAACAAGAUAGUCUUCGCUGGGGAUUCCGCUGGCGGUGGUUUAUGUCUUGGACUAACCCAGGCCCUUCUAACACUUCGAGAAAUCAUCCCUUCCAAGACAAUUCGCUUCCAUGGAAAGGAUGUCCCUAUUGAACUCCCUGCCGGCGUUGCCAUGACCAGUCCCUGGUGCGACUUGACUCGUUCACUGCCAUCUUCUUUUGAGAAUGCAAAGUACGACUAUGUCCCACCGCCACCUCAGAAGCCUGGUACGCUCUAUACCCCUCUACCAUUUCCCGCAGACCACCUGUGGCCUACGUCGCCACCGCGAGUUGACCUGUACGCAAAUGCGAACAUGUUGGCACAUCCUUUCACGUCGCCGGGCGCUGGCCCAACGGGAAUAUGGAAAGGUGCUCCCCCGAUGUUCAUCGCAGUUGGUGAAGAGCUCCUACACGAUGACGGCGUCUAUUUUGCAAGGAAGAUACAUCGAGACGGUGUGAAAGUCGUCCUCGAACGAUACGAGGGACUGCCACAUUGCUUCGCUUUGUUAGCGCCUACCUUGCCCCAAUCUCAGCGCUGUCUUCGAGGCUGGGCGAAUUUCUGUGGCGAUGUAGUCCACGAUCGUGUGAAGGGAUACGGAGAAGCACAGUACCUCAACCAUGCGGCAACGAAGGCUGAGAUUCGCAGCAUCAAUGAUAUCGGAACUCUGACUGACGAGGAAGUCCAGAAACUGAUCAAGGAUGGUAGGGAUUGGCGUGUUGUUGGAGAGCAGGAGCUUCAGAGGGCGUGGAAGGAGAAGGGACUGGAUUCCUGA